AUCUUAGAGAGGCAGUGCUCACAUUUGCUGAACUGUAGCACGCAGGGUCUGUGGUGGACUCCUGCAAGCCCACUUUUUUUUGUUGUAAACUGUGAUUUCUUUUGGAAGUUUGAAAGAAAAGAAGAGGCAGAGGGAAACAAAAAGUUUGCUCAGGAGACGCCGGGAACAGCUAUGAACCAUAUCUAUAGCAAUCAGUUGCAGCAACUCAGAGGGUCAGGAUCCACAAUGGGCCUGAACAGUAGUUCUUCAGUAUACCUGUAUGGAGGAGAUGGUAGGAUGUUCCCUUCCUUGGGAUUCAGUGGAAAUAACGUGAUGGCCAGGCAUGAGCCUCCUCAAAAGCCUCCAUACAGUUACAUUGCUCUGAUUGCCAUGGCUAUCAAGAGUGUCCCUGAACAGAAAGUGACAUUGAACGGCAUCUAUCAAUUCAUCAUGGAGCGCUUCCCAUUUUACCAUGACAACAAGCAAGGGUGGCAGAACUCCAUCAGGCACAACCUCUCACUGAACGACUGCUUUGUCAAAGUCCCUCGGGAAAAGGGCAAACCUGGAAAAGGGAGCUACUGGACCCUGGAUCCGAGGUGCACGGACAUGUUUGAAAAUGGCAACUACAGGAGGAGGAAAAGAAAGGCCAAGUCCCAAGGAACUCAGGAGCAGAGGGAAGGGAAGAGGAGCAAACCAGAAACUGGUGAAGAGUGCGCAAUGGCAGACGAGUCUUCCAAAUCUGGACUUGACCGUGACAUUAAACCAAGAUCCAACUCAAGUGACCUGGAGAAUUUCAAACAAGCAGGUAAUUCGCCAGACAGUGUUCAUUCAGGAAAUUUGAGAACUGAAAGCGGCGGAGAAAAGCAAAAUAAUUGCUACCCAGAGUUGGCACCAUCAAGCAUCGGGGGGAAAAGUGUCAAGGCACUGAGGUGUGAGGAAUUAACAUUUCUUGACCCGCCUGCUGCGGAAUCUAUUGACCAGGCGGUGACCCAUCCAGUCCAACGUGGUGUGUGGACUAGCCCUUCUUCAGCAAGUCUUCCGCCUGCCGUGCCCAUCCCUCCUCCAGCCGCUACCUCUGUUGCAUUUGGAUUCAUGGCCUUGCCAGGGCAAGUUGGACCUACAAAGGGGAGCCAAGGUGAGAUGUCAGGAGGGGCCGCAAAGGCAAAUUCGCCCACAGUAGCCGAGCCAUCUUCUAGUUCUCAACCGGGGAUGAACUCACCCCAGGUAAUGAGAACACCGGGAAAGCAAGCACUUCGCUCCCCCUCAGUGGUUGGAGACAGCAGCCAACAGAACAGAGGGCAGAAAGCUGAAAAUAGUUCCAACUCACACGGCGCACGGUCCAAAAGCUUUAGCAUAGAAAGUAUCCUGUCCAGGGAAAGCCAUCACAGCGAAAAUAAUUGUGAAAGUGACCAGCUCGAUAAAAACCCAACUUCAAAACUGAAUUUAAUAAACUUACCCAAUAGAUGUUUCGGCAAUUCGCUUUUAGAUACUUCGACUAAGGUCUACGCCGCUUUUAAUACUUCAUUGCCGUUUGAUACACAUCAGUUACCUGGUAAAUAUUAUCAAAUCGGUUUUCCUUUUUAUUCGUACCUUCCCCUAACGUGUUCAGAAACAUGUUUUAAUUUUAAAUAGAUCAGUAAUUUAUCAAAAAUCCACCUGAUCACCUUCUAUGGUACGACAAUAAAUAUUUGACCAAAACCUGAAAGAUCUCUCAGAUGACUAAAAAUGUUUUUGAAUUACUCGUGAAUUGAAUAUUUAGACACCUCCAGUGUGGAGGUAGAUUAAUUUUACAAGAACCGAUGGGUUAAUUGUUUCCAGCAGUUAUAACAGACCCAUGUCUGUGAACCCCUCAUCAUCUGUUAGGCGGGGAUUUUUAUAUAUAGAGAGAGCUCUCCAUUUAUGUGGCGCCUGCCUCAGAAGGGGUUUCACAUACAUUGAAACUGAGUCGAAUUAAACGGGGUAUCGUUUUAGUUGCUGCAUUCAGUGAAUUGAGCAUUUAGAUGAUACAAAUCUCAUUAACUGACGAGUAAACGUCUCGCUUGCUUAAGCCAGCACAUCCUGAUAUCAACCAUUCUAUGAGAUAGACCCCAGCUGUAUUAACGUAUAUCUGGGCGGAAGCAUUGUCUUUAUUCCGCACAAUCAAGUUUAGUUUUACUUCCCUACUAUCACGCACGCUAAAUAACGCUUCAUUUCUUGCAGAGAACUUUUGACGUCUAGUAUAACUUGCGUUUACUACACCG